AUGCCGCUGUUCAAACGUCGUGAUGGCGGCUCGAUUCGUGAUCGCUUCGAGUUUCGCGACGUCCUUGGAACGGGUGCCUUCUCAAAGGUAUUUCUUGCCGAGUGUAAAGCCGAGCCUGGUCACCUUGUUGCGGUGAAAUGUAUAGACAAGAAAGCGUUGAAAGGAAAGGAAGAGAGCCUCGAGAACGAGAUCAAAGUGCUUCGAAAAUUACGCCAUCAAAACAUAGUCCAACUAUACGACACUUAUGAUGAGAAGGGCUAUGUGUAUUUGGUGAUGGAAUUGGUCACAGGAGGAGAGCUUUUCGAUAGAAUUGUUGCCAAAGGAUCGUAUACAGAAAAAGAUGCGAGUCAUCUUAUUAGACAGGUCCUUCACGCAGUUUCUUUUAUGCACGACAAUGGAGUCGUUCAUCGAGAUUUGAAACCGGAAAAUCUACUAUAUUUCAAUCAUGAAGAGGAUUCAAAAAUCAUGAUUAGCGAUUUUGGUUUGUCGAAAACGGAGGACUCGGGAGUGAUGGCAACCGCGUGUGGAACACCUGGUUACGUGGCCCCGGAGGUUCUCCAACAGAAACCGUACGGAAAAGCGGUCGAUAUCUGGUCGAUCGGAGUGAUCGCCUAUAUUUUGCUUUGCGGAUAUCCACCAUUUUACGACGAGAAUGACGCCAAUCUUUUUGCACAGAUUAUAAAAGGAGAAUAUGAAUUUGAUGCUCCGUAUUGGAAUGAAAUCUCGGAUUCGGCCAAAGAUUUCAUCUCUCAUCUGAUGUGCUGUGAUCCAGAUCAACGAUUCACAUGCGAACAGGCGCUUGCUCAUCCAUGGAUCAGCGGCAAUACGGCCUACACAAAGGAUAUCCACGGAUCGGUCGCCUCACACCUCAAAAAGAGUUUGGCGAAGAGAAAUUGGAAAAAGGCGUACAACGCGGCGGCGGCAAUUCGACAACUGCAACUUCUUCGAAUUUCUUCAUCUCGCGCCGUUACAGGGAACUCCUCCUCGAAUGGGACUCCUCCAAAUCGACCAUUUCCUGUC